UAUAUUUGUGUUGUGUACUACUGCUACGGCAAAAGCUUAUUCAAUCUUUUAGUUUCAUUUAGGUUUUUAGUUGCUAUUCAGCAAUUAUCAAAUAAAGUAUUUUAAUUUGAGGAAUACACAAGAAGCGGUCGGUUAAAUCAAAAAUAUUGUUGUUAUACAGACGUCAUAAAAUUAAAAUUGUUAAUAGUUUUGCAUUUUUUUUUAUUUUGAUUAUUAAGGAAUUUUUUCAUAAAUUUAUUCUAUAGUUUUCUUUAAUUAUUAAAUAUGGUAUAAUGCUGGUAAUUUCUUCAUUUAAAAAUUGGGCUUUAUCAAACAAAUAAAAUAAAAUUAAACAAAUUGUGAAUUUAUAGAAAGUUAAUUGAGUUUUUUUUGUUGUUUUUUAAAGAAUAGUGUUUUGAAAAUAACAAAGUAAAAAAAUAUUUUUUGAAAAAUAUAUAAAAUUUGCAUGGAUAUACGCCAGAUUUUUUAAAUUUUGAAUUUAAUAAUCUGGGAAUUUUAAGAUACUAAAUUGGAAUGGCUCUAAAAACUGAAUCAACCACAUCAAAAAAUUAUGAAUUUGUUAUGAAAAAUCUUUUAGCCGGUGGUAUAGCUGGGAUGUGUUCUAAAACAGCUGUUGCCCCGCUUGAUCGUAUAAAAAUUUUAUUACAAGCUCAUUCAAAUCAUUAUAAACAUUUGGGUGUAGUCAGAGGUUUACGCCAUAUUGUACAUAAAGAAUCGUUUUUAGCUUUAUAUAAAGGAAAUGGAGCCCAAAUGGUUAGAAUAUUUCCAUAUGCUGCAACACAAUUUACUGCAUUUGAAAUAUACAAAGCCAAUUUGGUUGUUUUACUUCCACAUACAAAAUUAAUACAACAUGCAGAUAAAUUUAUAGCUGGAGCUGCAGCUGGUAUUACCGCUGUUGCAUUAACAUAUCCAUUAGAUACAAUUAGGGCGAGACUAGCUUUUCAAGUUAAAGGAGAACAUAGAUAUACAGGAAUUGCUCAUACAGCUUUAGAAAUCUUAAAACAUGAAGGUGGAAUUCGUGCUUUAUAUCGUGGGUUUGUACCAACUUUAAUAGGUAUGGCACCAUAUGCUGGUUUCUCAUUUUAUUCAUUUGAAAUGUUAAAAUAUUUUUUAAUGAAAUAUGCUUCACAUGUAACAUGUAAGAAAUGCGAACGAAAUACUGGAGGUUUAGUUUUAAAAGUACCAGCAAAAUUAUUUUGUGGUGCAGUUGCUGGUGCUAUUGCACAAAGUUUCUCAUAUCCAUUAGAUGUAACUAGAAGAAGAAUGCAAUUGGCAAUGAUGACACCAGAGACGUCAAAGUUUGGUUUGGGUAUGGUUACAACUCUACGACUGAUUUACAAUGAAAAUGGUAUUAUAAAGGGACUUUAUCGUGGAAUGUCAAUUAAUUAUUUACGUGCAAUGCCAAUGGUAGCAGUAUCAUUUUCAACGUACGAACUACUUAAACAGUAUCUUCAAAUGGAUACUGGUAUAAGUUUAAAAUAAACAUUUUUUAAAAACUUAUAAGUUGUUAGGAGAUAAAUAAAGAAAAAAAUCAAUUAGUUAAAUAGUUUUUUAGAUUUUAAAAUAAAAAACAAACCUUCGAUUUGUGGUUCACAAUAAUUAUUCGAACACCGAUUAUGUAAAAAUUAGAAUGUUUUUUUUAUUGUAAUAUCUAUAUAAAAUUCUAUUAA